AUGGAAGGCUUCCUUCUCUUGCUGCACGCCUCCCGCGCCGAUUCUAACCUGAUGCAUGACUUUGGUGGCAAGGAAGAGCUCGAUACCGGCCCAAUGUCUGAUUAUCCUGACCCCGCAGGGGAGGCCGCUGAAAUCCCAGACAUUACAGACCGAGGUACCUCCUCGUUAGACCCUAAACCCGAGCUUCCGGUCCCCGAGCGAUACACUAUCGAAAGCCCACCGAAUUCCAUCGAAGAAAGCGAAUCCGUACAGUCAUGGCAGGAGCUAUUCAAGACGCGUAGUGCUUGGGCGCUUCGGGUGGUCGAGGACUGCCGAAAGAUGGCCGCGGUAGUAGAAGACGGGUAUGGCGAGAUGGACGUCAUGGUGUGCUGUCUCGAUGCCGCCGUUCGGAACCUCGAGGCUUCCAUCAAGGGGCAUGAAGCCAAAUACUCGGAACUCCAGAAAUGGUUUCCAGAAACCCAGGCCGAUUAUGGUGCCCUGGCGGCGGGGUGGGAACAGUACCUAUCGCUUGCCAGGAGCAUUCCGGUUUCCCCCCGCCAUGUCCAAGUCGCCGACCUCGACAAAGCUGCCUCCCGCCUGUUUCAGGGGGCCCAGGACCUGUUUCGCGAGUAUGAGGGGACAUAUGGGCGAUAUGUGGUGCCUCACGCCGGUGAACCCCAGCAGCUCGUUCACGACAUAGAAGCCCUGGCCCAGAAGAUAUGCACCGACUACGAAACGACACUCAGUUAUGCCGGUCCUACCCGAGAUGCCGUGGUGCAGGCCUCCAAAAUUGCCGCGAACCACACGCAGCGUUUGUUGCCGAGCGUGAGCCAACGAGCCGUGGAAAUGCAUGACAUGCUGCGCUCCGUCACGCAGGCAAGAAAUUCUCUGGCCACGGAAUCGCUUGAUUUUAUGCGCGGCAUCACCAAUAUCACAGCGUUGAGCCAAAGUGUUAAGUCGCAAUUCAGCGUCGUGAACCAAGAGGAGGAUUUUGCUACUUUCGACUACUUGCGGUUGAUUCAACAGGUCCCGUAUAUGUAUGCUUCCUUCGUCGCAGAGGCCAUCAAGCGCCGUGAAUGGUACGACAAGAUGAAACAAGACUCAUCUACGCUUGCGAAUGAGAUGGCCCUAUUUCAGGAGGAAGAAGUCAAGCGACGACGGCGGUGGUACAAAACGAUGGGCCCCGCAUAUGGCCCAGAACUUCUCCGCUCCGACAGCAAUGUUCCCGGCCUUGAAGUGAACCUCCUCGGAGAGGAGGAACGGUGGCCAGCCAUGACAUGGAAGGACCUUGAGGAUUUCCAAGCGCUCCUGCAAACCAAGCAGGCCGAUGCCGGGAUUAUUGAAGAUGUUGGUAAAAUGGUUUCAGAAUUGGGCAACCCCACACGGCAACAAUCUAAGCGGAUGAAAGCGUUUAAGAACGGUAGCGUUCACGACGCCGCUCUGGGACGCAGUGGUUUGCUGAUCCGAGGCGAUGACGACCUUUUACGGUCUUUACAAGACGAUAAGUCCAAGCUCGAGAGCAAGCUGAAGACAGCCGAGAGUCGCGUGAGGAGGCUCGAGGAUUUACUCCAUCGGCAAACACAAGUAUCUCGACCAAGCUUGGGCAAUCUCUUUCAGAUUCCUAGUCACCAACUCUACGACCGAGCUGACUCGAGCAUCUCGCUCAAAUCCCCGCAUGCCUCAGAUGGCCGGAGGGGGUCUGCGGAAGGAACCGACAUCCUCACCCAACGUGUUCAACAACUGGAAGCCGAGUUGCGUACCGAAAAGGAGCGGUCUGCGGCUCUUGAGAAGGACCUUGGCGGGCAAGUCGCAUUGUACAGUGACGUCCAAGGACGGAUGGAUGAGGUCAACUCCACCAAAAAGGAUCUGCUUGAGAACAUGGAGGCCCUCAAGCGGGAAUUUAUGGAAGAACGGAAAUCGCUCGAGGACGAGAUCAAACGCUUGCAGGCGCGGUUGGAAGAUACCGAGGACGAGAUUGAAAAUUUCGGGGAGUCCAGAGAGAACGAGAAGGCUUCUUACGACGAGACAAUCCAGGCCCUCAAGCUCGAGAUUGAGCGGUUGAUGAAGGAGAAACGUGACGAGGCGCUCAAGUCAGAAGCCAAGAUCAGCUUCUUACACGAAGAAGCACGCCUACAAAGCGAGAGGAUAGAAACCCAGGAGCGGAAGACCCAAGUCGCACAGAACGAAUCCAACAACUCUCGCAAGAAGCUCGAAGAGUUCAAUAAGGCGGCUGAUGUGCAACUCAAAGCGCUACCCAGCGAUGCCGUGGCGAAGAUGCAAAGCUUAGAGGGUGAUAUUUCUCUACUCCGGUCGGAGCUGGACUCCGCGCAGAGUGCCAUCAAAGCAGCGAGAGUGGAAAAGGAAGCUCUGACGGAACGCGUAUCAAACGAGGAGAUAUCAUCGAUUCGCCUCCGCGAAAGUUUGGCUGAGGAGAAGGCCAAAGUUCUAGCGCUCGAGGGCGAGUUGUGUGACGGUCGCGAGCAGCUCCGCCAAUUGCGUACCGAAAUCGCCGACGGGGAAACAGGUUCCGAAUCCCUACGGAAACGUCUGGAAGAAGAAGAGAAGAAGAUCACUGCCGUCACAGAGGAGCUCGCUUCUCGUAGCUCACAGGUGGGAAGCUUAGAAGAAGAGGUUCUGCAUUACAAGGACAAGCUGCAGCGGUCACAGGCCGAAUUGUCAAGCCUGACGGCUUUCUUUGAUACUCGAUCGGAGCACGCAAAGGAUCUCACACAGCGUUUAUACUCGCACAAUGAGCGCUUGAUCCACCUACUCGAGCGGCUCGGGUUUUCGGUAACUCGUCAAGGUGGCAGCAUGGCGAUACAAAAGGUAUCCCGCUCCGAACGGAUCGUUCCGACAUGGACGUCUUCAGCGAAACAAAGACUGUGUAUCGGCGCGUUCGAGAUGUUGAGCACAUGGUCCCGUAAGCUGCAGCGCGACGCGCGGGCAUAUCGCGACAAGGCGCGAGCGUUGCAGAAGGAAGCGCACGAGAAGAUUGCGUUUAAGAAUUUCAAAGAGGGCGACCUUGCCCUCUUUCUUCCAACAAGGAACCAGACGACUGGAGCUUGGGCAGCAUUCAACGUUGGGUUUCCGCACUACUUUCUACGAGAGCAAGAAGCACAUCGGCUACGCAAUCGGGAGUGGCUCCUGGCUAGGAUCUCGCGGGUUCAGGAUCGGGUCGUGGACCUCUCGAAGUCGCUCCAAACCCCCCCAGGAUCGGCUAAGAAAGGGGGGGCAACUGAAUCUGAAUCGCCCUAUGACGAUGAGAACGACAACCCUUUUGAUUUGUCCGACGGCCUUCGCUGGUACCUACUCGACGCUGCUGAGGAUAAGCCUGGGGCGCCAUCGACCCCGGGACUCGCUAAAAGUACAGUCGCGGCCAAUAAUGUUGAAGCCAUGGCCGAUAGACACACCCACGGGCGAGGUGGCUCUAAGGGAGGAGUGACUGGGAACCGCGGUAGCGCCGCAUCAGGUAUCGAAGGAGUGAGCAAGACGCUAUCUAAAAGUCUCGAGAGCCGCCGGUCCAGCACAGGCUCUAGGAAAGCCCUCCCAUUCGCGAUAGGAGUUUCGAGAGGCCGGGAUAGUGCUGUCGCUAGUGAAACUAACUCGUUGCGUGCCGUGCGUGCCGAUACGCCUGUGCCGGCGAGCCCGACGCAACAGCAUGGUACAGCCUCCGGCGUCGCGCAGCAUGAUUCACCACUGGCCUCCUCGCAUACUACCGAGACAACGCGGGUGAUGGGAGUCGGCGGAAGGCUGACGGAUGCCGAGCCGAGGCAGCAGCCAGAGGUUCGCAGCGAUAUGGAUUCUUUAAUGGGACCCUGA